AAUUUGUUCCCAUUGCUUUUUCAUACACAGGAUAUGCUCAGUGGCAACACUGCGGUGAUUGCAGAAACAGGGGACUCGUGGUUCAAUUGUCAGAAGCUGCAUCUUCCUGAAAACUGUGGGUUUGAAUUCCAGAUGCAAUAUGGAUCCAUUGGAUGGUCAGUAGGUGCCACUCUCGGCUAUGCUCAAGCUGCUAAAGACAAACGUAUCAUUGCUUGCAUCGGUGAUGGAAGCUUCCAGGUUACUGCUCAAGAUAUUUCAACCAUGAUAAGAUGUGCACAAAAGAGCAUUAUAUUUCUCAUCAACAACGGCGGUUAUACCAUUGAAGUAGAGAUUCAUGAUGGCCCAUAUAACGUGAUCAAGAAUUGGGACUACACUGGUCUUGUGAAUGCUAUCCACAAUGGUGAAGGCAAAUGUUGGACAGCAAAGGUAAAGACAGAAGAGGACCUGACCGAGGCAAUAGCAACAGCAACAAGCACACACAAGGACUCCUUGUGUUUCAUAGAAGUCUUUGUGCACAAGGAUGAUACUAGCAAAGAGCUUCUGGAAUGGGGAUCACGUGUUUCUGCAGCUAAUGGUCGUCCUCCUAAUCCUCAGUAGCAAGUCCAAAAUAAUAUACCAGAUGAAGAACAUGGAUUUCGGUGAGCAGCUGCCCAAGGAAAAGGCUUAAGAGUUUGAAUAUAGUUAUCUCCUGCUUUUGUAUUCUAACCCAGAAUUGUCAUCGUCCAUAAAAUGUACAACAAAUGUCCAAUCUUGUUUGUACAAAAUAAGAAAACCAUCUUCUGUAAUUUCUCAACACUAUGAGAUUUCAAGGAUUUGCCCUUAUAUAACCACUAGUUUUUGGACA